GAGAGCCCCGAGCCUGUAAUUAGGGGGGCCGGGCUCCGAGACACUCAAAACACUUCCACGCAUCGCCGUCUAACUUCUUCCAAACUGUCCCGGGACUCCGAGCUGCGCCUCUGCCGCUGGCCCUUGAGCUUCCUCAGGAUUUUGUUUCUCAGGGAUGGCCGCAUCUAUUCUGGAGGUAGGGAAUCUCAUUGAAGAAGCGCGCUAUGGCUCCAGUCCUCUGGCUAUGUUAACCGCUACCUGUAACAAGUUCGGCAGCACCAGCCCGGUGAGGGACUCCGCGACACCCGGUAAGAACGGCGGCGCCGCUCCACUCAAGAAGCCCUACAACAUGACCUCCGAUCUUCAGACGGCCAAGAACGCCCGCACGGCCGACGGCAGCGGCCUGGCCGACUCCUACAGCGGCUCGUUCACCACAGCCGGCGGCGGCGGCGGCGGCGGACUGCUCACCCCGACCGGAAGCCCCCCGGCUACGACCGGAGGCUACGCGACAGAGUACAACCCUUUCUCCCACUCGUUCCAAACGUCCGUCUCGCAGGACCCAUCCCUCUUAGUGUCCAAAACCCACGCAACGGCAGACUGCCUCACCAGCGUCUACACCUCGUUGGACAUGACACACCCUUACGGCUCUUGGUACAAAGCCGGUAUCCAUCCCGGCAUUACGGCUGCCCCGGCUAACGCCACGUCCUCCUGGUGGGACGUGCACCCCAACUCCAACUGGCUGUCGGCGAGCCAACCUCAGUCAGACGGAGGUCUCCAGGCCUCUCUCCAGCCUGUGGCACCGCAGGCUUCCCUUAGCCCCCAAUUGCCUAGUUACAGCACCGAUUUCACCACCUUGAACCCGGCGCCCUACCCUUCGGUGGGACUCAGCUCGUCCUCACACCUCCUCCAGCCAUCCCAGCACAUGCUGCCCCAGGACAUGUACAAGCCCAAGCCUGUGCAAAGCGCGGGGCUGAUGGAGAGUCCAAUGGCCCUGAAGCCGGUGAGGGGAUCAGGAGGCUACGGGACAGGUUCCGCCCCCACGAGGUCCUCGUGCGACUGCCCCAACUGCCAGGAGCUGGAGCGACUGGGGGCCUCGGCCGCCUCCCUCAGGAAAAAGCCGGUGCACAGCUGCCACAUCCCGGGAUGCGGGAAAGUGUACGGCAAGGCGUCGCACCUCAAGGCCCACCUGCGCUGGCACACCGGCGAGAGGCCCUUCGUGUGCAACUGGCUGUUCUGCGGCAAGCGCUUCACCCGCUCGGACGAACUGGAGCGCCACGUGCGCACCCACACGCGGGAGAAGAAGUUCACGUGCCUGCUGUGCAACAAGCGCUUCACGCGCAGCGACCACCUCUCCAAGCACCAGAAGACCCACGCCGAGUCGGCGCUGCAGGGGAAAACCAUGGCCGCCGAGGGGGACGUGGACCACCGAGGCGACGAGACCGCGGAGAUCAACGCCGGCAACGGCGAGCCCGUCGCCAAUGGAGACGAGAAGACCGGGGUGCCCGCCGGAGUGGAGAACAGCAGUGGACUGCUGGAGAUCUGAAUCGUUUUUAGUUCUUUCUUUCUUUUUAGACAUCAACGCAAUAAAUGACUGUGCAGUCGCGGGCCGUGCAUUUGGUAUUCGGAGACUUACGUGAGGUAAUCUGCCUCUUAAUGCUAUCAUAUUGCAAUUACAGAACCCAUCAAUAGUAGAGAAAAAUGCAAUAAAAUAGCUAAAACUGCACCAUCUGGAGCAAAUCAUAAGAAUAUUUACCUUAUAAUAUGACCCCCCCCAAAAAAAAAAAAAAAAACACAAUUUAAUGAAACACACCACAAUCACCAGCGAUGCUGAUUAUUCAAUAUAUUAAGGCAUGCGGUUCGCCAAAGUUGGCCGUGACAUCGUUUCCUCUGAUCAGCCAAUCAGGGAACGGUAAAAUGCUGACAAUAGGGAACCGCGAGGAGAAAACUGAAAUUCGAUUGGUCAAGAAACAGACUCAGUUGCACUACUGAUCCUGUACGCCCUGGAACACAUCGAGGCUGAACUCAGAUUGGACAGAUGUCUAUAUUUAUAAAAUCUAACAUUCACAAAGCAGUGCAGCAGAAAAUAAUUGAUCGCGGGGGAUAAAUGAAUAUAAUUUCACGUAUCAAGAACAUUUCGGUUGUAUAUGUAGGUCAGCGCUUCUGAUAGCGUUCCGGCCUUAACCGCUCACCCAUGGAACAAUUUUAUUUCCUCUUGCCUGGAGCGUAAACAAGAAUCAUGUAAAUACAAGCGAACGAUUAGACGAAGACAAUGACAAAAGAAGAAGAAGAAGAAGAAGAAGAAGAGUGAACGCGCGCACGUACGUCCGCGUUUGUGAAGCCAGCGGCGCAUGCAUUCAUUUUUUUUUUUUUUGCCUUUCAAAUGAGCGCAACCACUGGGGAAAUUGAAUCUGCGCAGGCCGAGGGAAAAGCAGCUCCCAAGCCACAAGAGCCAGAGUCAUUUCGGAGCGAUAUGUUUUGGUUAGGACGGCGGGUUUUUUCGACAGAACCUUCCGCGCAGAUCCGAUUCGCAGCUGCUGCGCUUUUGAUACGUCGGCCGUCGUUCGCCUUGAAACGAUCGACUCUCGCCGUCACCAAAGAUCGUCGUCGCGUCAAAAGGCUUUUGUGGCGCUUCCCAUCUUGGUGUAAUUUAAGUUCUUAUUUACAUAAAUAAUCUAAUUUAUGUCUUAAAUUAUAAACAUUGCCGGUUGUCUCGGAAUGUUGCGUCGGCGGGGAUUGCGAGAUGAAACCCAGCCGGCCAAAUCUAAAAUAAAAUGCCUUAAUUUAAGACUAUUUAUUAGCUAUAACAAGGAAGUUGAAGAUUUAUUUAAAGAUCUUGACAUCGACUAUUUCUGUGUAUGUAUUCUAUGUAUUGUGACGUCUUCCGCACAAAUGAUGAAUUAAGGGCUACAUGCUAUAUAUUUACAACGAUAUAUAGAUGUUUUCAGUUGUGUUUAUGAUAUUUUUCAUUUUGUUUUUCAUUGAAACUGUAACCUCCCUAAUGGGAAGCCUCGAGCGUCAGUCGAAAGAAAAUACGGAGUCGGCGCUGUCGGUAAUUUCAGUGUUUGCCUUUUUUCGGGAUGUGAAAUGAGAAAAUAUUGUACAUAAUAAAGGCCAUGUAUGGUGUACGUGUAUGAAAUCCUGGUGUGUGACAAUUAUGGUGCUUGGAAAAAAAAAAAAAAAAAAGUAAAGAUAUUUGGAAGCAUUUUUCUUUGCCGACUGCCUCCGAUUUGACUUCCUCUCGUGUUUCCAGCUCACCUGUUUUCAUUGUCACUUGUAGU